CCUAGGAAAGGAUCUAUGCAACAAACAAAAAAUGGUGGAAAAGAGUACAUCAGAAUUUGUUAAAACUCCUGGGAUUACUGAGUUGUCAUUGGCUGUAAAUGAACAUAUUGUUUCAGCUAUGGCAGGUCAUAAUGGUGAAAGGAGUCAUCAGAAUCAUGAGAGUGGAGGACCAGUUUCAUUGAGUUUGUCUUUAAACAAAGGAGGAAAUAGUAAUCAAUGCAAAGUUGACAAUGUUGACUUGAAUACUAAUGCCGAUAUGCAUGCUAACAGAUCAAACUGGGAUUUAAAUACUACCAUGGAUGCGUGGAAUGGUUCUGUGGUUGAUGAAGCUGCAGGUCAAGGAACUCUUGAUGGAUGUAACACAAUUGGUGGAACGCAUGAUAUAAAGCCUUUGAUUUGUUCUGUCGGAUUAUUUGGUGAUAGUGCUACUUCAAAAGGACAAAUUCUUGAAAAGAACAAGUGCAGAUCUGAUGGCACUCUAUCAUCUCAUCUGUUGGGCCAGCCUUGCAAUUCUGAGGCUAAUCUUCAUUUAGGGCUCAGUCCAUCUUUUUCUUUGUCAAACCUUAGUCAGAAACCUGCCAGUUUAUCAGCUAUGUUGAAUUCAGGCCGGGGUACUGCUAACUCAGGCUUGGGCAAAGCUUUUGAAUUAACUGGCAGUUUGAACCCGGUUAAUAUUAGGAAUGUAAAAUCAGAACCACUUGAUGAGAGCAUCAAACAUGGUUUCACAGGAGCUACGCCCAUUCCUAAGGGGUUACCAGAUAUUAGAGCAGUGAAACGCGAAUUAGUUGAAAGAUGUAAUCCUGAAGCCUUGAAACCAUUUAAGUUUAGCUCCCUGAAAUUAGUUGAUCCUGGGUCCAUAAAACCUGAACCAGUUCGUGAGGAUAUUCGAGAAACACUCAAGAAAACAGAGGGGACAUCAAACCAAUCAGAUAAGCAGAUGGUAGAAGCUAUGGAUAUUCGAGGAAAAACUACUAGUUCAGCAGCCUUGUCUACAAGUGGUGAAGUAUCAAACCCUUUUGAACAUUCUAUGAACAGGAAAGGAUCUCAUCUUAGUGGGGAGGUGCCUGAGGAAAAAUCUGAAAGUUCUGGACAGGUUCUUACAGAAACAAUGUCUGCACCUGUGGGUCUUGAUGGUAAUGCAUCAAACCUUAGUAGGGAGGUGCCUCAGGGAAACAAUCUUAGCAGGGAGGUGUCUCGGGAAAAAUCUGAAAGUGCUAGACAGGUUCUUACAGAAACAGUGUCUGCAUCUGUGGGUCAUGAUGGUAAUGUGUCGAACGUUUCUAGCUUGGUAGAUGCUGCAAUAGCCGAAGAUAAAAACAUUGAUGAUACUGAGCAGUGCAGAUUGAAAUUCGUGGAAGAGGUUCCUCCUAAUUCACGAGGAAAUGGUGAGGGUUCUGCAAGUGAUGAUGAGGAGAAGAUCAAUUUAUCAGGUGAUAUGCUAGAAGAAGAUUCUUAUGGUUCUGAUUAUGAGUCUGAUGCCAAUCAUAAUCUAGAAACAGCUAUGGAUGCUGAACACAACAAUGGAAGAGAGGAAGACUUUGAGGAUGGUGAAGUUCGGGAACCACUGGCACAUACUGAACAGGAGGGACCCAUAUGUGAAAAAAGAGAACUACAACACUUCGAUAGUGGUGAUUCUUCUGAUAAUAAACGACUGGAUUUUGUGGGACCUCCCAGUGAUCGGCCUUCCACAUCAUCUUCUGUUGAAGAUAAACCCACUAAAACAGAAGAGCCCAGUGAAACAAACAAUGAUAAUAUGAAAGAAUUUUCUGAAACAACUCAUGAUGAGAAGGACAGUAAGGGUGCUGGUAGUAACGACACCGUUUUGCAAAAACCAUCGGCAGGUGAGAUGCUUGCCAACGAAGGUGACCAGAAGAGAUGUGGUAGGGCCUCUCCUAUAAGACCUGUUGUCAUGUUGAAAAUGAAAGAUGGCCUAAAGGGCCAGGAGACUGAACUGUCAUAUGAUCAAGCCACUAGUUCAAGCCAAGGAAAUUCAGCCGCUGUUGCUCAAGGAUUUGAUGAGAAUGUUAAAAGAACUGAUGUGGUGGAAAAGAGUGUUUCUCCAUCGCCCAAGGCAGAAGCAUCUUCAAUUAUUGAUGAUCCAGCUAAGGAUGCUAACAGUGGAGGAAAUAAAAGCCGGAUAAUAAACUUGCCUCGAGUUUCUAACAUGCCAUCACCUGGUCAAACAAGAACAAUUUCAGGCAGGCCAUUGCCUCCCCGAGCUGGGAGGGAAAGGUUAACUGACGUUGCACUUGAGGGAGAAAUAUUACAUCCUCGAGGGAGGGAUGAAAUUUAUGCUGAUGCUUCUCACAAAUUUUCAAGGGAGAGGCAUCAAGACCAUCCAUCUAGGAACUCUAGAUUGAAUUUUGUGCGUGGCAGAGGGAGAAUCUCCAGUAGAAUAGACACACUACAAGGUGAUUGGAAUUCUGAACGGGGCUUUGCUCCAGACUUUUAUAAUGGUCCGGNGGCUUUUAUAAUUGCAUUCUAUCAGUGA